CCGGAGCCGCCGCCGCUCGGUGCCCGCCUGCGCGGCCCCGCCGGGGAUGGGGACGGGGGGCGGCGCGCCGUGACCGGCCCGCGGGCGCGCCCGAGCCGCGCUGCUGCCGCACGGAGCCGCCGCCGGCGGGAUGAGCGGGAGCGGCAACCCCGGGCCCGGCGCGGCGCCCUGCCGCUUCGCCCACUACUUCGUGCUGUGCGGCAUCGACGCGGAGAGCGGGCUGGAGCCCGACGAGCUGGCAGUCUUGUACCAAUAUCUACAAGCAGAUCUCCGUGGCAAGGGCUCAGACACUGCAGACAAAACCUCAGGAGAGAAUUUUGACCAGAGUCCCAUAAGAAGAACCUUCAAGUCCAAAGUUUUGGCCCACUACCCUCAGAACAUCGAGUGGAACCCUUUUGACCAGGAUGCCGUCAACAUGCUGUGCAUGCCCAAGGGGCUGUCCUUCAGGACGCAGGCGGAUAACAGGGACCCGCAGCUGCACUCGUUCAUCAUCACCAGGGAGGACGGCUCCCGCACCUACGGCUUUGUGCUCACCUUCUACGAGGAGGUCACGAGCAAGCAGAUCUGCACAGCCAUGCAGACUCUGUACCAGAUGCACAAUGCAGAGCAGUACAGCAGUGUCUGUGCCUCCUCCUCCUGCAGCAUGGACUCCCUGGCCAGCAGCAUCGAUGAGGGCGACGCCACGUCCCUCGCCAAGCUCCAGCGCUACAACUCCUACGACAUCAGCAGGGACACGCUCUACGUCUCCAAAUGCAUAUGCCUCAUCACCCCUCUGCCCUUCAUGCAAGCCUGCAAGAAGUUCCUGAUCCAGCUCUACAAGGCAGUGACCUCCCAGCAGCCGCCACCUCUGCCCCUGGAGAGCUACAUCCACAACAUCCUCUACGAGGUGCCCCUGCCGCCCCCGGGGAGGUCGCUCAAGUUUUAUGGGGUUUACGAGCCCAUCAUUUGCCAGAGACCUGGGCCCAACGAGCUGCCACUCUCUGACUACCCUCUGAGGGAGGUCUUUGAGCUGCUGGGUCUGGAGAACCUGGUCCAGGUCUUCACCUGUGUUCUUUUGGAGAUGCAGAUCCUCCUGUACUCACAAGAUUAUCAGCGUCUGAUGACGGUGGCAGAGGGAAUCACAACACUGCUGUUCCCAUUCCAGUGGCAGCAUGUGUACGUCCCCAUCCUUCCUGCCUCUCUCCUGCAUUUUCUGGAUGCUCCUGUUCCCUACCUGAUGGGGCUGCAGUCUAAGGAGGGAACCGACCGCUCCAAGCUGGAGCUGCCUCAGGAGGCAAACUUGUGCUUUGUAGACAUCGAUAACCAUUUCAUCGAACUGCCGGAGGAAUUCCCACAGUUCCCCAACAAGCUGGAGUUUAUUCAGGAAAUCUCUGAGGUUCUCCUGCAGCAUGGGAUCCCUCCAGAAGGCAACCUGCACUGCAGUGACAGCGCCACCAAACUCAAGAACUUGGUUCUUAGUGACCUGGUUAAUGACAAGAAGAAUGGUAACAUCCCCAGCAACGCCCUCAACAUGUACGAGCUGCUGAAAGGCAACGAGACGAUCGCCCGCCUGCAAGCCCUGGCCAAGAAAACGGGCGUGACCAUGGAGAAAAUGACCAUCACCAGCCCCCUCACAGAGGAGAAGGAUGGGAAGCUGUCAUGUGAGGAGCUGGAGCUGAGGGACUACAAGCUCAACGUGCAGCUCCGCGAGGUUUUUGCCAACCGCUUCACGCAGAUGUUCGCAGACUACGAGGCUUUCGUCAUCCAGGCUGCCCCUGACAUGGAGUCGUGGCUGACAAACAGGGAACAAAUGCAAAACUUUGACAAAGCUUCCUUCCUUUCAGACCAGCCUGAGCCUUACCUCCCAUUCCUUUCACACUUCAUCGAAACACAGAUGUUUGCAACCUUCAUAGACAAUAAGAUAAUGUCCCAGUGGGAAGAGAAGGACCCUUUUCUACGAGUUUUUGACUCCCGAAUUGAGAAAAUAAGGCUAUACAAUGUCAGGGCCCCUGCACUGAGGACAUCCAACUACCAGAAAUGCAGCACUUUGAAAGAAGCAGCCCAGUCCAUCGAGCAGCGGCUGAUGAAGAUUGACCACACGGCCAUCCACCCCCACCUGCUCGAUAUGAAGAUUGGCCAAGGGAAGUAUGAGCAAGGAUUUUUCCCAAAGCUGCAGUCAGAUGUCUUGGCAACGGGACCCACCAAUAACAACCGCUGGGCCAGCCGCAGCAGCACCACGCAGCGGAGGAAGGACCGCCUGCGGCAGCACUCGGAGCACAUCGGGCUGGACAACGACAUGAGGGAGCCAUCGGAGGAGCUUUUGCUUCGUCAGAACUCAAUGGCCUUCUGGGAGUGGGAUCAGGGACCACCCCCUCCUGCACGGCCUCCUAAAAAAUCCUUCUCUGAAUGCUGCCUGAAAUACAUGCAGGAGGCAAGGAGUUUAGGUAAAAAUUUAAGGCAGCCUAAACUGUCAGACCUCUCUCCAGCUGUGAUUGCACAGACCAACUGGAAAUUUGUGGAAGGGUUACUGAAGGAAUGUCGCAUGAAGACUAAACGCAUGUUGGUGGAGAAAAUGGGCCAUGAAGCAGUUGAGCUGGGACAUGGAGAAGCCAACAUAACAGGUCUGGAGGAAAAUACACUGAUUGCCAGUCUCUGUGAUCUGCUAGAAAGAAUCUGGAGCCAUGGUCUGCAGGUCAAGCAGGGGAAAUCUGCAUUGUGGUCCCAUUUGCUUCAGUACCAGGAGAGAGAAGAGAAGCAAGACCACAGUGCAGAGUCUCCAGUUGGUGGUGGAACAGAGAGACGAAAGUCUGAUACAGGAAUUACUCUGCCUACGUUGAGGGUUUCCCUGAUACAAGACAUGAGACACGUUCAGAACAUGAGCGAGAUAAAGACUGAUGUGGGGCGAGCCCGAGCCUGGAUAAGACUUUCUCUGGAGAAGAAGCUUUUGUCUCAGCACCUGAAGCAGCUGCUUUCCAACCAGGCACUUGCAAAGAAACUUUACAAGCGUUACGCUUUCCUGCGCUGUGAAGAAGAACGAGAACAGUUUCUGUAUCACCUGCUCUCACUUAAUGCUGUGGAUUACUUCUGCUUCACAAGCGUCUUCACUACAAUCAUGAUCCCUUACAGAUCAGUGAUAAUUCCCAUCAAAAAACUAAGCAAUGCAAUAACCACGUCAAACCCGUGGAUAUGUGUAUCGGGAGAACUGGGAGAUAGUGGCGUCAUGCAGAUUCCUAAAAACCACCUAGAAAUGACGUUUGAGUGCCAGAACUUGGGGAAGCUGACGACUGUUCAGAUUGGUCAUGACAACUCAGGGCUACUGGCCAAGUGGCUGGUUGAUUGUGUCAUGGUCAGGAAUGAAAUAACAGGACACACAUACAAGUUCCCGUGUGGGCGGUGGCUGGGAAAAGGCGUCGAUGAUGGCAGCCUGGAGCGAAUCCUCAUUGGAGAGCUGGUGUCCUCCACGUCUGACGAGGAGCUGGGAAAGCAGUGCCGCACCCCGCCCCAGCAGAAAUCCCCCACUGUGACUCGGCGGCUGAGCAUCACUUCCCUCACAGGGAGGAACACCAAGCCUAAUGCAGGGCAGAUCCAAGAGGGAAUUGGUGAAGCUGUGAACAAUAUUGUGAAACACUUCCACAAGCCAGAGAAAGAGAGAGGGAGCCUUACCAUUCUGUUGUGUGGAGAAAAUGGUCUGGUUGCAGCACUGGAGCAGGUCUUCCACCAUGGAUUCAAAUCAGCUCGCAUUUUUCAUAAGAACGUCUUCAUCUGGGAUUUCAUAGAGAAAGCUGUUGCUUACUUUGAAACCAGUGAUCAGAUUGGAGACAAUGAGGAGGCCCUUUUGCUUCAGAGAUCUUCAUGCAAAACCUUCUGUCAUUAUGUCAAUGCCAUCAAUACAGCUCCAAGGAACAUUGGAAAGGAUGGCAAAUUCCAAAUCCUGGUUUGCCUGGGGACAAGGGACCACUUGCUGUCUCAGUGGAUCCCGCUGCUGGCGGAGUGCCCGCCCAUCACGAGGAUGUAUGAGGAGAACGCUCUCCUCCGGGACCGCAUGACUGUCAACUCCCUUAUCCGAGUGCUACAGACAUUGCAAGACUUCAACAUCAUCCUAGAAGGAUCUCUCAUUAAAGGAGUGGAUAUUUAGCAUGGCUUUGCUGAGAACUUCAUUACUCCUUUCCCAAACAAGCAAACCACAAUUGGAGACCUGUCAGGACUUGAAUGCCAUGGUAGUGCACCACUGUAAGGCAAAGCUGCUGGUGGAAGCAGGAUUGGGAAGCCCAGUUUGUGCCUGAUGGGGACUGGCCUCUAAAGCUGCAGAAAGCUAAGAUGCAGUAUUGUAGUUUAUUUGAAACAGAAAUUUAGUACAAAAUAUAGAGUAUUUUCAUGUGUUAGAUGUGUGUAAAUAUGCUAUCUUCUUUAAGAAAUUAUAUUACUCUAAGAAAUUUUUCUUAGACUGAAUGUUCCUGUUCUGACUAUGAGUAGCUUAAACCCAGGGGAAGGGCUUGGGGGAGGGAGGGAAGGACCAAGGUGGGAAGGGAUGCCACUACUUGCUUGUGAGGAAGAAGCCAAUCAACAUGUAAAUACAGCGCAAACUCAGCAGGGCUUUUUUCAGGUAUUGCAAAUUAAUACAGCAAAUAUCCUUAUGUAGCCAUUGUGAUCGUGUCACUCUUGGAAAUGCUGUAAGCAUACUGUAUGUGGUCUCUCUUAAUUUGUUGUUUGUUCAAAGACUCACCUUCCCAUGCAUAGAAGUCGUGAGUCGUCAUUUUCUUUUCUGUAAGGUCUUUUGUGUCACUCCUGUUGAUCUCCAAAAGGGGAAACAAGUGUUGGAAUGCUUAAACACUGGAGAGGAGGACUGCUGUCAGCCUCAGAGCCUGACAGGAUGAGACACCUGUUGAAGCCUUGCUGCUGCAGCCUGAGAUGGGGAAUGGUAGCUUGCUUGACUGGCUCAGUGUGUCCCUUCCCUGUCUAGAUGUUCUCAUGAUUCACCUUCAGCCAGUUUGUGUUGUGGGUGACCAUUUAUUUUCCCAUGAUAAGGAAUUUGGUUUAUACCAAAUUCUUGAUGUACUUGAGAAGAAUCAUUGCUGUAGAGCCACAAACACUGCUGUUGCUGUGCUACCAAACUGUAUUAAUUGGCUUUGAAAUGCUGACAGGUUAUGAGUCUUCCUUUGUCCUGAAGAAUGAGUGUUUGUAGGGGAGUACAGGAUCUUGGAUGACUCUUUUUUAAAUUAUCCAGCUACAAAUAAAAAAGGAAUUAAGCAAAAGGAGGAAGAAAAAAUCAUGUUCGUAUUUUGAAGCUUCUCUCCUACACUCUUUCCAGUUAAUGUGUUACUAAUACAAUGCAUAUAUAGAGAUAUAGCUCUUGAUGAGGAGCUGGGAGCAACUGUAUGAUAAAAAUUGAACAAGAGAUUAUAUCAAAAUCACCUUAUGAAUACCAUGCAGCAAAUGCAGAGUGUAUUUUCCAUUCCUGAGAAUGGGAGUUGGAAGGAUCUGAGGAUACAGCUUCACCUGGUUUUAAUUUUUGGAAGUUAGUUUAAAUACAAGAUUUUGUUUUCACUUGUUUAUUCCCUACAACCUUGAGUAUUUGGUCAGUGGAUUCCUUGGAUGUCUCACUGCCAGCUGAGGCUUGGGAAGGCCUCUGACUGGUUUUGGAAGUGUGUUGCCUUGCACUGUGCUCUCAAGUGGCAUUGGGAGGGACUUGGCAAUAGUGGACAGUGGCAGGUCUGGGCAUAGUGUGCACAUGGUAGAAAGAGGGAUGGGAGAUAAGGAGAAGGAAAGGGGAUGGAAAUUAGGGUUUGCUUUCUCACCUGCCUUUUAUCAAGCUUCCCUACUUUCUUGUGGUCCUUCUGCUGCCAGAUUCUUAGAACAGCACUCACUUCAGUGUCAGUUUCACAUCAGACUCUCAACCAGAAGAAAACUCUUCGUGUAACUUUUUUUCAUUGGAGAGUUUUAUGUUAUAGAAGUAUUUUUAUUUCUAAGAAAGAAGUAAAAUAAUACUGUCAAGGAGCCUUGCACUUUAAUAAGGGUUCCAGCUUUCAAUAACCAUUCUUUCCUCCUGAGCUUGUGCUUCCUUAAACUGACUGAACUCAUCCCAGGCUGCACUGCCAUGUCACUGCUGUGGGUGUGAGUCACUAAAGGCUGUGAAUGGUGUCUCGAGUUAGUAGCCAGAGCCCACAGCUAUGUGACAUCUCUCUUACAUUUCCAGAAAUGUGAAAUUUGGGGCGUUAGGAUUUUCUGUGUGGCCAGGCAUGUCUGCUCAAAGUCAGCAUUUGAUGCAUGGCAACCCUUCAGCAGCAAUUGAAAAUGUGUCCCUGUACUUAGCUCUGUCAAUGAAUUAUACAUUUAGCACCAGAAACCAUGUGGCAGCAUUAUUUGGUAAUGACUGCUUAGGAUGUUUUGAUUUCUAUUACAGCUCAAGCCUUUCAUGUCUAAUGACUGCUAUACAGGAUUUUUUCACACCCAGCCCAGUCUAAGUGACUUUCAUUUUACUGAAAUAACCACCUCUUUUGUCCAUGGAUUUCUUCACAGCAUCAUCUGCAUUUGUGGGCUGGAUGCUUCCCAAAGUACACUACUGCAGACUUCUCCAAAGGCUACAUAUGACUGGAGCAGUCGUAGCAUUCAUCUGACAUGGACAAGGGUUAAGUCCAAGCAGGAUAAAGUAGAAAUGUAGGCACCUCUAAAGGUCAUUCAUUUAAAUGAAUAAACCACACACAGAGAAAAAAGGCAAUAACUACAUGAAGUCUUUCUGAAGUUAAAAGAAGUCAAAACCUGAGAAUUUUUAAAAUUCAAAUCAGGGCCUUUCCCCAUUUCAGACUACAUUAAGAAACCUUGAGCACUUAACACAACUUCACCUCAGCUUUUUCAGCUAGUGUUGACUUGUUUGGUUUUGUCAGGUUUCACGUCAUGCUAAUAAUACAAUAAAAAUUAUGUAUGUCUUUUGUUUCCUUGUAGGCAAUAACCCACCCCAAGAUAUGCUGAAAGGGGCACAGCUGAGUGCCUCAGAUUCCUAGAGUAGUUGUUUGACAGCCUUGGGAGAACGGUGCUUCAUAGUGAAUUUUUAUUCUACCAUGUAUGAUGUUUUUGUGGUUUUUUUGUUUUGUUUUGUGGGUUUUUUGGGGGUUUUUUUUUGUUUUUUUUUUGUUUUGUUUUUUUUUUUUUUGAGUGGACUACUUUUGUUGAUUGGAAACUGUGAGGUUUUUUUCUGUAAGGUUUACAGAAAUCAUUUUACCUGCUAGAAUGGUGAGAAACCCAUCAGGAUUCUUCUAAGCUAACACAGUUUUUACUUCAGUGUUAAAGCACCUUCUUUGGUUGAGAAAGGGAAUCUUGGAAAAGACCAAAGCUCUCUGGUAUCUGCUUUUUAAAAAAAACAAAAAAAUUCUUAUUCAAUGCCCAUCUGCAGAUGUCUGAGUUUGCAUAGUCCAGUUUUACUAACAGCCAGCAUGGUAAUUGAGGUAGUCCGAGAAUCAAAUGCCUCACUAUGUACAAAAUGUGUAUUUAUAAUUCUCUGAAAUAAAUGAAGUUGUACUGUUUAGUGAAAAAUCUACUCAUGUUUAUUCCAAGUUGGUUUGUGUAAUUAGCUAUCAUUGUUCCAAAAUGUGUUUUUAGGGUAGUUGCGCGGCAGCGUAUUUGAGAAAAUUCCUUCUUUCAAUCAAAUGAAGGUGCGCAUUGUGAGGGGAAGUAUUGUGUGUUACACUUGAAAUGUACAAAUGUGCCCUGUAUAGCUUAAAAUGAUCCCUAAAUGUCUCCAUUAAGUAUAUUUUGUCUUUACAUUAUUACUAACAGAAUAAGAACUGGAUUAUUUUCAAGACGACAUUAGUAAAAGUAUUGUUAUAUCAAGCACUUUAACAUACACACCACAAACCGACAUGGGUUUUUCAGGUUUUGAAGUACAUUGAAAUACAGCUUUUCAUGCUAUGUCCUUUACAAAUAAAACUGUGAGAAUAA